AUUCGCAGCUGAUACAUUCUGGACGGCCGUUGGGGUUGGGCUUGUCUCCAACUUGCAAAAAUUUGGAACAUUCAGCCAAGCUGGUGAUCAGUGGGGACCGUCAGCCCAGGUACUGGGACGGCUCGUCCCCACUUGACUCUAGGUCUGGGACGCCCAAGGUGAGCCCGUCUCAUCUGGCCUUUGGCUGUCGUCCUCCCACCUUGGCCCUGCUUCUUGUCCGGGACCAUCCUAAGCUUUCCCUUCCUUCUGUACCAAUCAUGCCCACAUGGUCCUGA